CCUAACACAAACAAAGAUUUCCCUUCAGCUAACAUACUUUUUAAGGAAAUUUGUUGUUCUUCCCACUAUGAUGCAAAGGUUCAAUCACAACAUUCCCUUACUCUUUGAAGGACUGAAUUUCUUGGCAAAUUACUGUAAUGGAGUUACUGAGUUUGUUCAUUACAUCAGUGAUGCCAGUUAUAAAAGUACUACUGGUUCUUGCUAUUGGUUUGUUCCUUGCAACUGAAAGUGUUGAUCUUUUGGGACCAAAUGCAAGGCACCAUUUGAAUAAUCUGGUAUUCUAUGUUUUUUUGCCUGCUCUGAUCGGUUGCAGUAUUGCCAAAACGAGCACGGUCAAGACUUUAGAGACCUUGUGGUUUAUGCCAGUAAACAUCUUUAUCUCAUGUAUCAUCGGUUCGGUACUCGGUUGUAUACUUGUAAAGAUUACAAAAACUCCUCCAUGCCUAAAGGGACUAGUAAUCGCUUGCUCGUCUGCAGCUAAUUUGGGGAACAUGCUUAAUAUCAUACUACCAGCUCUCUGCGAAGAAACGAAUAGUCCAUUCGGAGAUUCAUCCACCUGCUCUACGUAUGGAGAGUCUUAUGCUUUGCUUUCACUAGCGAUGCAAGCAAUUUAUGUCUGGUCCAUAUUGUAUUCUAUAAUGCGGACGUCUGCAAACAGCAUAGUUAAAGAAAACGCGGAAAUACUCUCGGAGACGUUGGCAGAGCCUUUACUUGUUUCACACGGUAUCUCUGAGGACAAUAUAUAUCAUGUUGACUUACCUGAUGAAGGGAAUCAAAGGAUGUCAACUUUUGGAAAGAUGAAGCAAUGUUUUAUGACUACUAUUAGAAGCAAGAGCUUGAAGAUGAUUUUCGCACCGUCUACAAUCGCCGCGAUUGUUGGGGUUAUUGUUGGAAUAGUCUCUCCAUUUAGAAAGGCAUUGGUUGUGGAUAGUGCCCCUUUUCAUGUCAUCUACAGUUCCAUUGAAUUUAUAGGAGAGGCAGGAAUCCCAUCCAUGACAUUGAUAGUGGGAGCAAAUCUUCUUAAAGGGUUGAAAGGGUCAGGAGUGAAAACAUCCCUCAUUGUAGGGAUUCUUAUAAUAAGGAACAUUUUGUUGCCUGCAAGUGGCAUUGUUGUUGUUAAAGCUGCAAUGCAUUUAGGCUUGGUGGGGUCUUAUUCCUUGUAUCAGUUCACUCUCUUGCUGCAGUAUGCCAUUCCACCAGCCAUGAACAUAGGAACCAUUCUCCAGAUGUUAGGAACAGGAGAGAGUGAGUUUUCAGUGCUAAUGCUAUGGAGUUAUGUUGUAGCAGCAUUCUCUCUUACACUCUGGACAGCCUUCUACAUAUGGCUUGUUACUUAAUUUAAACAACCAUUUCAUCUUUGAUUCUUUAGGGCAUCCCAAUUUGUGAUUCAUAUAUAUAUAUAUAUAUAUAUAUAUAUUGUAACCAUUCAAAGCAGUAGAGACAUGAUUUCGUUAUCUCCUCUGCUUCUCUUUCUAAUUCAUAAUCAUCAAACAAAGAGUUCUUUCCAUGUAAUGAUUCAUAACUGUGGCUUUUUUCAUUAAA